CUGGAGUACAGACCUGUGCUCUGCCUCUACGCCUCCUACGUGUGCCUCAGCAUGUCUUUCUAUUUUGACCGGGAUGAUGUGGCUCUAAAGAACUUUGCCAAGUAUUUCCUGCAUCACUCCCACGAGGAGCGUGAGCAUGCUGAAAAACUCAUGAAGCCGCAGAACCAGAGGGGCAGUCGCAUCUUUUUGCAGGACAUCAAGAAACCAGAUCGUGAUGAUUGGGAGAAUGGACUGACAACAAUGGAGUGUGCCUUGCACCUGGAAAAGAAUGUGAACCAGUCACUCCUUGAUCUGCACAAGCUGGCAACUGACAAGAAUGACCCUCAUUUGUGUGACUUCAUUGAAACUGUCAUGCACCACAGAAAUCUGCUUAGACUCCACUGGUUAGGAGCGAAAGGGUUAACGGACAGCAGCAGCGCAGUGGACCCCAGCAAUGAAAAGGUUAAUAGACGGUGUCAGUCUUGUGCAGCACCAAAAGACUUCCUGCACAAUGGGGGCACAGCGGGUAUGGCCAAGAACCAGCAGUGAAAGAUGUCAGAGUACAGUUCUUAAUACAGACAAACAGUGUAAAGCUGCCUCAGAGGCUUUUAUUUAUGCUCAAAUAAAUUUGUUAGUCUCUAAGGUG